GCGGGACAGUAGUUGGCAUGCGCGGAGCUGAGCCGCGCUCGUUCAUUUGGCGAUAGGAGCGAGAAGAUGGCGGAUGGAGAUGCGUCUGCUAAGAAACAAAAGAAGCAAAGGAAGAAAAGUGGGGAAAGUAUUGGAAGCAUCCAACAGGUGACAAACUUUCUGAUUGAACCAGAAACAAAACCAGUGAAAUUAGACACAUCUCAUUGGCCCCUUUUGCUGAAGAAUUUUGACAAACUUAAUGUACGGACAGCACAUUACACGCCUAUUCCGAGUGGCUGCUCACCCCUCAAGAGGGAAAUUGCUGACUACGUAAGGUCAGGCUUCAUUAACCUUGAUAAGCCCGCAAACCCAUCCUCACAUGAAGUGGUGGCAUGGAUACGCAGGAUUCUGCGGGUAGAAAAGACGGGUCACAGUGGAACACUAGAUCCUAAAGUAACAGGGUGUCUAAUUGUUUGCAUUGAGCGAGCAACGCGUCUAGUCAAAUCCCAGCAGAGUGCUGGCAAAGAGUAUGUGGGAAUUGUUCGGCUGCACAAUGCUAUUGAAAGUGAGCAUCAGCUUAGCCGGGGCUUGGAGAUGCUGACUGGAGCCUUAUUCCAACGCCCUCCUCUGAUUGCUGCUGUCAAGAGACAGUUAAGAGUCCGGACCAUAUAUGAUAGUAAACUAAUUGAGUAUGAUCCAGAGCGACGGUUAGGAAUAUUUUGGGUGAGUUGUGAAGCAGGGACAUAUAUCCGAACACUCUGUGUACAUAUUGGCCUGUUGCUUGGAGUUGGAGGUCAGAUGCAGGAGCUAAGAAGGGUACGAUCUGGUGUGAAUGGUGAACAGGAUAACAUGGUUACCAUGCAUGAUGUGUUGGAUGCCCAAUGGCAAUAUGACCACAACAAGGACGAGACCUAUCUGCGCCGUGUCAUCUACCCCCUUGAAAAACUGCUGGCAACCCAUAAACGUCUUGUUAUGAAGGACAGUGCAGUGAAUGCUAUUUGCUAUGGUGCCAAGAUCAUGCUCCCAGGUCUGCUCCGUUAUGAAGAUGGAAUUGAGGUGAACCAGGAGAUCGUUGUCAUUACAACAAAGGGAGAAGCAAUUUGUAUCGCGAUUGCAUUAAUGACAACGGCAGUGAUAUCGACUUGUGAUCAUGGUGUUGUAGCAAAGAUUAAGCGGGUUAUCAUGGAGCGGGAUACAUACCCACGCAAGUGGGGUCUCGGACCAAAGGCAAGUCAGAAGAAAAUGAUGAUUAAGCAAGGUUUGUUAGAUAAACACGGCAAACCAAAUGGAAGUACUCCUGAAUCGUGGAAGAAGGACUAUGUAGAUUAUACCCCAGGAACUGUAGCAACAUCUGACGGUGCAAUCCAAAUUCAACCAGCAAAAAGAAAGCGAGAGAGUGAAAGUGAGAGUGAUGAGCUGGUAGUCUCAUCCGCCCCAACAACACCAAAAUCUGCAUCAGAUCUGAGCAAGAAAGACAAAAAGAAAAAGAAGAAAGAAAAGAAGCAAAGGUUAUUGCAGGAGACAGAGGUGAAAAUUGAAACUAGUGAUCCAGAAUCUACACCAGUGACACCCAAGAAGGAGAAGAAGAAAAAGAAAAAAGAGACUGAUAUGGGAGGAUCUGGAGCUGAGAACACUGAAAGCUCUAAGAAGAAGAAAAAGAAAAAGGAAAAAGCUGAAACGGGCGAGUGAUGGAGUGAUUCAAAACAUCUCAAUUUUUGGCAAACUUUGUGGCAAACAGGGAGGAAUGUUCACCCUGGGAUAGAACUUGAUGAAAAUGCACCACAUUCAUUUCCAACCAAUGAUCAGAGACAUUAAAGUUGCUGUGUUCAAAUGACAUUCACACUUGUUAUGUGCAAUCUUGUAACCAGGUUCUUGCUCCCACAUUCAGUUCACUAUCUUGCUGUAAAGGUGGUGGUCAAGGGGUGUUCAUAAAUUGCACUCAUGUUUAUCAUGUUCAUAGUUAACGCUCCAGGAAAGGUUCAUUCUUCUGAUAAGGAAAGAAUAUUCAGGGGCAGAAAAUCAGCAUACACUUUCAGCUGCUGCCAGUACUUCAUUUAAAGUUAGUAUUGCCCCAUUGUUAUGCAUAUUGUAUAUGAUGCCAUUUGCUUUGUACAAGGGGCACUUACAAUAUUCAUGAUGGUAGUGGUAUGCAAUAAUGUAGCAAUUCUACCUUGAAUCUAGUAUCUGCUUAAUGCUCGACAGCAGUUACAGUCUAGGGCUGUAAAUGGUCUGUGACUUUUCAGAUAUAAACAUUUUAUACGUGGGUGAAAAUGUAUUGGCAAAAUUAUGUCAUGUGGGCUGAAUGCCAAAAUUGGCCAGGUUUCAAGAUUGAAACGUCUGCUGAUCAGGUAUAGUUGCUCUGAAUUAGCCCAUUGCUUUCCUGAGUGUUGUGUUAAUUUGUUGUCAUUUAGUUUUAAUGACGUCUUGACUUUUCAUUGGAGAAUGUAACAGGCUGCUACCUCCCCCAUACCCUUGUAAAGCUGAGUUUGACAUUUAACCAGGAGAGUCUGGACAAUGAAAGACUUUUUGCUUCCAUCCAUCUUGGCUUCUAUCCCUCUAAUGGGAUAAAUUUGGAGGUUACUUUAAUAUGAAUAUUUUAAAUAUUUUUAUAUUGGUGAUUUAUGUCACCAUAAUGAUUAUGUACAUUGUAAAAGAAGUAAAAGGCAGUUUUUUUUGUGUCCAAUAAACUUUUGCCUUACCAGAUGUGCUGUGUUUGGGUUCAACCAGUUUGAGCCAAGUGCACAUUUAACUGUACAGGUAUGUCUGACGUUGUAACAGAUUUUUUCUUAUUUUUUAAACAAAAAUAAAUGGCUUCUUUAUA